UGCGCCGCCUAGAAAAACUUGCGCGGGGCCAUUUUUGGGGCAGUAAGAUCGAGCGAGGAGCCCAAGAGCGAGCGCACAGCCCGAGAGCUCGAGCCGCCUCCGCCGCGAGACCCCACCUCGGCCGCCGCCGCCCGCGCCACGAGAUCCGCACCGGCCUCCCCGAGAGCGAGCCCCGGCCGCCGCGACCUCCAGCUGCGCUAACCGCCGACCAACCGCCACCGAGGUGCCCGAGGGAGAGCGGAGGAGGCGGCAUGAGCGAGGCGGGCGAGGCCACCACCACCACCAGCACCACUACCACCACCACCACCCUCCCGCAGGCUCCGGCGGAGGCGGCCGCCGCGGCCCCCCAGGACCCCGCGCCCAAGAGCCCGGCGGGCAGCGGCGCGCCCCAGGCCGCCGCCCCGGCGCCCGCCGCCCUGGUAGCGGGCAACCCGGGUGGAGACGCGGCCCCCGCGGCCCCCACGGCCCCGGGCACCGCGGCCCCCGCCUCUUCGGCCGCCGCGGGCAGUGAAGACGCGGAGAAGAAAGUUCUCGCCACCAAAGUCCUUGGCACUGUCAAAUGGUUCAACGUCAGAAAUGGAUAUGGAUUUAUAAAUCGAAAUGACACCAAAGAAGAUGUGUUUGUACAUCAGACUGCCAUCAAGAAGAAUAACCCACGGAAGUAUCUGCGCAGUGUAGGAGAUGGAGAAACUGUAGAGUUUGAUGUGGUUGAAGGAGAGAAGGGUGCAGAAGCAGCCAACGUGACCGGCCCGGAUGGUGUUCCGGUGGAGGGGAGCCGCUAUGCUGCCGAUCGGCGCCGUUACCGACGCGGCUACUACGGCCGGCGCCGUGGGCCUCCUCGCAAUUACGCUGGGGAGGAGGAGGAGGAAGGGAGCGGCAGCAGUGAAGGAUUUGAGCCCCCUGCCACUGACGGGCAGUUCUCUGGGGCCCGGAGUCAGCUGCGCCGCCCCCAGUAUCGCCCUCAGUACCGGCGGCGGUUCCCGCCUUACCACGUGGGACAGACCUUUGACCGCCGCUCUCGGGUCUUUCCCCAUCCCAACAGAAUGCAGGCUGGUGAGAUUGGAGAAAUGAAGGAUGGAGUCCCAGAGGGAACACAGCUUCAGGGACCAGUUCAUCGAAAUCCGACUUACCGCCCAAGGUACCGUAGUAGGGGCCCUCCUCGCCCACGACCUGCCCCGGCUGUUGGAGAGGCUGAAGAUAAAGAGAAUCAACAAGCGGCCAAUGGCCCAAACCAGCCACCUGCUCGCCGUGGGUACCGGCGCCCCUAUAACUAUCGGCGGCGCCCCCGUCCUCCUAAUGCUCCUUCACAAGAUGGCAAAGAGACCAAAGCAGGCGAAGCACCAUCUGACAACCCUGCUCCGGCCACCGAGCAGAGCAGUGCUGAGUAACACGCGGCUCCCCAGGCACCUUCACCAUCAGCAGGUGACCUAAAGAACUAAUGACCAUUCAAAAAAAUAAAACAAAGCAAAAAGCAGACCGUGACCUUACCAACACAACACCAAAGAAACGUCCAAGCAAUAAAGUGGAAGAACAAUAACCAAGAUGUGGACAUUAGAAUGUUUACUAUUAUUCUUUACAAAACAAACAACUACACAAGGAAAAUGUCAGCCAGUUUUUCCAGCAAUCUGAGAUCCUGGGAACGCCUGCACAGAACAAGAGAGCAACCUCCCCAGUUUCAGCAACUACUAGGUUUAUAUUUUUUUUCCUGGUUUUUACUGUUUUGGUAAUAUGAAUUGAAAGAAGAAAACCAAAGAAAUCUUGAAAUAUAUAGUAAAUGCUUUUUUUCCUUUUUUGUUCAUUUUGGAUGCUGGUGCUAAACUUCCAAGUGUCAUGAUUUAAAAAGAAAUUUUAUGCCCUUCUUAUUUAUUUCUAGGAUGAGGGGAGGAUGACAUUUUGCUUUCUUAAGUGACUCUCUUUGAAAAUGUGCCGUAUGAAGUUCCUCAAAAAUAAAAUUUUUACCCUUGAAAGGAAAAAAUUGUAUAAGUAAAGUAUGUUUUCCUAUCUCAGUAUA